UCGAUGAAUAUAUCCGAAUAAUGAUGCUGAAAAAAAGAAUCUAAGGCAAUGAUUUGAUGGCCCGCUAUACUCUGUGGCAACCGGCAACAUUGUGCUUGAUAUUGACAGCAAGUGUAUCAUUCUUGGCUAUCACCAAACAAUGUUGCCAGUUGGCACACAAAGUAGGGAGCGGACUCUGCUAUUGUGUCGCUGUUGGGUCGAUAGCUUGGAUGCUACCCACCUUGCCGCUUUCUUAGCAUAUUUAAGUUCUGGUUGUUGCGGUCCUCGAUCAAACGGCUUCCAUCCUCUAUAUUUUAACAGCCGGCCCUUUUCUUUGAAACUCCUGACGGUACAACUCAUGUCUAAAGCUCAGCAACUCAAGCCUGGUGUCUACAUCCAUCCAGCAUGUCGCCCAGCGCUCAUUACUUCAUAUUCAACAACAGUGUGCGAAAGGGGACGGGGAAUCGGAUAUGGAGAGCUCCUGUGCCCAGAUUGCACCUGUGUCUUCCGCACAGAAGCGGAACGGAAGUUCCACAUGCUCUUUGCGUGCUUCGGAUUGUGACAGUUGGUUUUUACCAGGGCACGAAAAUGUAAUUGCGAUACCACAGCCUUUUGCCAUUUCAAAAAUAAAGUCUGUUGGCCGCGCAUAUGCAGCGAUUUUGUAGUGUCACUUUCGAAGAAUGGUGGCUUCUGUUCUCCCAAAAGUGCUUCGCGGAAGGCUGAAUCUAUUUUCAUCAUACGUAGCGUACGUGUGCAGAUCAUGCUGCUGC